CCUCACCCCCCUGCACCACAAGAAGGCAUUCUACGCCGUAGUCCCAAUACUGCUUCCCGAUCUUUGACCUUCUCUUUGUUUGUCAUUCGUCAAUGUCUCUUCUUGCCUUCAUCCAGAUCACGAAUCCCGUCUGGUCUGGUAUGUCUGGUUCUCCGCAUUUGUCGAACAGUCGGAGACUCUUCCCGUGGUCUCCACAUGCGGUCCCAACUGCUUCUCCCUCCCCCAAAUUUCCUCAAAGCUUCGUAUCCCUACCCCAUUUUUAAUUCCUCUGGCUGGUUCGGUGGAAGCCAUGCGCCUCUGCCGACCCUUUUACUCCUUCUGACUGGUCCCUGUUCCCCCCGGUUCUUCCCGAUUGUUGAACCCAAUCCUGGUUCGAGAGCUGUCGACCGCCCCUACUUUCAUUCUUGCGACGGCUUUCCUCCGUUGGAGAUCCUCUCCUCACACAUCCAGUGGUGGUAAUUGUCGGAAUGCGGUCGACUAUCCCUCAGGGGGUCUCAAUGCUAGCGUUUAGACUUAAAACAUCGCGUCUGCCUGCGUCUUCCUCUGCCUGUCUACUCUUUUCAUCUCAUUCUCCUCUCUCCUCGGUCUGCCUUGAUACGCGCUCUUCGUCUACCCUUGCUGUGACUCACCGUGCCACCAUGGCUCGAUUCCCUUCGCAACAGAAAUCUUUCCAAGCCUCGACGUAUGUAAAUCAUGCGGCGCCGGUGGAGGCUAACUAUGACACCGCUAAUCCCCCGUACAUUCGCAAAUAUCUCCGCACCUAUGGAUUGACGCCUCCCCGCGCAGAAUCGUAUGAAGUGCAGAAGACUCGUUGUCUGGCCCAAUUGGCCCUGAAAACCUCCAACAUCGAGAAAUUCCUUUACCUGAGCACCCUGCGCAAGAACAAUGUGCAUCUCUUCUACCGUCUCAUGACGGAUCAUCUCAAGGAAUUAACGCCUCUCAUCUAUACCCCCGUCGUUGGAGAAGCUUGUCAGAGAUGGUCCGAGAUCUACCAGCAGCCGGAAGGCAUGUAUCUUAGCUGGGAAGAUCGAGGCAAUCUAGCCGCCGUCAUCGCCAACUGGCCCCAGCCUAAUGUGGAGAUCACAUGCAUCACCGAUGGUUCCCGAAUUCUGGGUCUAGGUGAUCUUGGCAUCAAUGGCAUGGGCAUUCCCAUCGGAAAAUUGGCCCUCUACACUGCCUGUGCGGGCAUCCGACCCGAGGCAACCUUGCCCUUGACCCUGGACCUGGGCACCGGCAACAAGACCCUCCGAGAAGACCCGCUAUACAUGGGUAGUCGCCAUGACAAAAUCACUCCCGAUCAGGAGCGGGAGUUUAUGGAUGAGUUGAUGACCGCUCUCACCGAGCGUUGGCCUGGCAUUGUCAUCCAAUUCGAGGACUUCAAGAAUCCGUUCCCCGCGCUGGAGCGCUACCGCGACAUUUACACAUGCUUCAACGAUGACAUCCAAGGCACUGGUGCCGUCAUCCUGGGUGGAGUCAUCAAUGCCGUCAAGCGUUCCGGACUCCCCUGCAAGGAGCACCGGGCUGUCUUCCUUGGUGCAGGCAGCGCCGGUGUCGGCGUCGCCAAACAGAUCGUCGCCUUCUUCAUGCGCGAGGGCAUGACCGAGGAUGAGGCCCGCGCGUGCUUCUACCUUGUCGACACCAAGGGUCUCGUCACCAUGGACCGGGGUGACAAGCUGGCCGACCACAAGGUCUACUUUGCUCGGGAGGACAACGAGGGCGCGCAGUACAAGAACCUGAACGAGGUCGUCGACCAUGUGAAGCCCACCAUCCUCAUGGGCCUGUCCACCCUCGGGGGCGUCUUCACCCCGGAGAUCCUCCGCAAGAUGGCGGACUGGAACACCAGCCCCAUCGUCUUCCCCCUCUCCAACCCUUCGUCCAAGUCGGAGUGUGACUUCGAGUCGGCCGUCACCCACACCGACGGCCGGGUGCUCUUCGCCUCGGGCUCCCCCUUCCCGCCCUUCUCCUUCACCGACUCCCAUGGCGAGACCCGGACCCACUACCCCGGCCAGGGCAACAACAUGUAUGUCUUCCCGGGCAUCGGUCUGGGCACGAUCCUCUCCAAGGCCGUCAAGGUCACCGACAGCAUGAUCUACGCCUCGGGCGAGGCGCUCUCGCAGGCCCUGACGCCGGACGAGAUCGAGCGCCGUCUCCUCUACCCCGACGUGACGCGCAUCCGCGAGGUCAGCAUGGUGGUGACCCGCAAGGUCAUCCGGGCGGCGCAGGACGACAAGGUGGACCGGGAGACCGUCCUCCGCACCAUGGACGACGACGCCCUGGACGCCUGGAUCAAGGCGCGCAUGUAUGACCCUCACCACGAGGUGCUGGCCCUCGAGCGGGAGGUGGGCGCCUUGCUCUCCAAUUUGGGGCCGUGGUCGAACGGAAAUCCCUACGAGGACGGUGAUAAGAAUGCUAAGCUGUAAGCUCCGGUAUUUCUUCUUUUUUUUUUUUUUUCCCCCUUCUAUCUCCGUUUCUCCGUUUCUCCCUUUCUUUGCCCUUGUCUUCUUUUCCAUUCUUUCGUCCCCUCCCCCCAUCGCUUUUGGCAUCCUUCACCGAACUCGGGAAUCUCCAUUUGAUUAUUCGCUCGUUUUCUAAUGCACACCUGUUCAGACUGGGUUCCUUUUGAUUUAGAGCGCGUUUUCCGUUUUCCUGUUUUCCUUCGAGUCCCGUCCCGUGUCGAGGAAGGGUGCUCGUUAUUUCUUUAUACCCCAUUUUGUCCGAUUCCGCAUACUUGUUUCCUCAUGAUGGUUGCCAUUGUUCUAUACCGUUUUGAAGUUGGGGGAGAGAAGAGAUUGGGAAAGAAAAGAUUGGGUUGCAAUGUGAGCAUGAGCAUGAGUGAGGGGGAAGAAAAACAGUAGCAUAAUUUGGUGGAGGGCCCGCACUAUUUGGCAUUAUUUCGGUUCGUCAAUAUCUGGUCUAUAGGUCUCUGUUUUGGUUUAAAUACAAUCCUUUCUUGGGCAGGUCACUCAACACUUCGAUCAUCACGUAUUGAAAUCAAGAUGCGGGGAAGAGCAGAAUUGGAGAAACCGUGCGGGGAUCG